AUGUCUAUUACACAUCUGACUUCCCUAUCCCAACUCGACACAAUCCUGUCCAAAUCCAAAGACAAACUCUCCGUCAUUGACUUCCACGCAUCCUGGUGUGGUCCAUGCCAUGCCAUUGCACCCACCUUUGAGGCUUUGGCCAAGCAAUACCCAUCGGUCAACUUUCUAAAGUGCGACGUCGACGCCGUCUCUGAUGUUGCACAGAAGUACAAAGUCACUGCCAUGCCUACGUUUGCCUUCUUGAAGGGAAAUACCCAGAUCGAUACCCUGAGAGGUGCAGACAGGGCAGGACUCACUGAGAAAAUCAGAAAACAUGCGACCAGUUCAGGCAGUUCAUCGGCAACAAGUGCAUUCUCUGGCAAAGGCCGCACUUUGGGAGGUGAACCUGCCGCACCGGAUGUUGCAGGAGAGGUUAAAGUAACGUUGGAUAAGGCUUCACAAGGUCUCAACAGUCUCGAUCCUCAAUUGAAAGUAUUGAUGCUCCUUCUCGGUUUAUAUUUCAUAUUUUGGUUUUAUGGGUGA